GAAACCUCUGCCUUCUCUCUAGGAAAAUUCGCACCCUCAAAAGUCGGAUUUCUCUAGGUUGCUCGCGACCAAGAUCUGCUCUCUCACAAAAUCAAAUUGUUCGAUCACUGAUUUUCUUCUUGUUUCUUGUUCGGAAUUCAUAAGAGCUCCUUAUCUACCGAUUUGGAUUUAGGAGAUCUGGAAUUUUUAGCAAGAAACAUAGAACUAUUUGAACUCCCAGUCGCACUGUUCAUUCGCAGAUUUGGAAAUUCAUCUUCGAUCUUCUCUUGGAUGCUUCUUGGUGGAGGACGCAGGUUGUCUGGGGUCGCCACCCCUUGGCGCACCUCCCUCACCUGGUUCUCGGUCACCUAAGCACCGCCGUACUGGAGUUCUAAACUGACCGUUGCGGUGCUUCACUGUUAAAAGCAGAGCGUUGACUUGUGAUUCCCACUUCUUCCGACGUUUAUUUUGAAUUCUGAAACUGGAUUUGGAUUCAUCUGGUCAAAACGAAGCUGCGAGUACCUCCUUCUUCUCUUAUUAACCAAAAGUUUGGGGUACUAUUCAUCUUCCUCAACUGUCUGCUACAGUGUUUACUGCGCAUCAGACUAGUUAGGAAUUAAUUGUGAACUCCCUGCUAGUCCUUUUGCUAUACGGUUUUUCACUGGGGUGUUCCAUAUAGCAGAGGGUAUCUGUGAAAGUAUUUUUGGAAUUUUCUGACCAAGUUAUCUAUAUCUGUGCACUGUUUAUCUUCUCCAAUAACUUGUGUACUGUUGUGUACUAGUAGCCAUGUUUUGUGUGCUUGUGUUUUUGGUCAGACUAACUAUGCAGGUUGUUUCUCUUGAUCAAGGGGAUUACCCCUUAUUUACUCGGAGUUGGUUUCUAGCAUCCGUCUCACCAUGACAAAGAAGAACAAAUAGCAGCGUACACCACCUGCUAAGGAUAAGCUUUUUGAGGAAAAAAAUCUAAUACCUAGCUGAGAAGAAGGCUGCCAAGGCUGUUAUCCAAGCGGAAAAAAUGAUUAAAAAGGGGGUAUUUCCGGAGGAUUUACCAAUAGAUGGCCCAGUCAUUUCUGCUAACUCAACGGAGGCAAAUGAAUCAAUUGUUGUGGAGUGUGCUGAAGGCAUGGGACUUGAUGCAAAUGCUGUGAAUUCACCGGAACCAGAGAUCAAUGCUGAGACAACAACCGAAAUUGGGGGACUGAGAGCUACUGUUGCAGAAUCCCCUGGGACCGGGUGCUGGUUUCUCCUAAUGCAGAGGCUCCUCAAGCUUCCUAUGCAGCAGCCCUACUGGGUAUGAGUGAUGAAUCUUCAAUUGUUGAGCCAUCAAAAGAGUUAUCCCUGACUGUCAUUCCAGUAACAAAUGGGGAUGCUCCUAUUAUUGAGACAUCGGAUGAAAAUGAUGUGGAGACCAUCAAUGUAGCCGAAGGGUCUAUAUCUCUUGGGUCCCAUGAUACUAUUCCAUCAAAAAUAAUAGAAAAACAAGAUAAAGCGGGCGGUGAGCAAAAACAAUGGAAUUCUCUUUUCCAUAACAACCGAGCACCAACGUGUGGCCUUAAGCUUGAAUAUUUCCCCCCCACGGGGGAAAACUUGAUUUCUCACAUCUAAAGGUCCCAACUCUUGUUGAAAUAUGGGGCUAUUGUUUGGUGGGCUAUUUUUCUGGAAGGUUCCCCGGGCUGAAAGCUAUUCAUGCUAUGACUACCAAAUGGGAAUUGAGGGUUGACGUCAAAUCCCAUAGUAAAGGGUGGGUUAUUUUCAAAUUCAAAAGUGAGGAGGACCGUAUGCAUGUGCUAUCUGGGGGGGCUUAUGUCCUAUACAGGAAGACUAUGUAUCUCAAGGAGCUCUCUGAUGAUUUCUCAACAGAUUCUGAAGAAUUCUUAAAACAGCCCAUUUGGGUUAAGUUCCCAAAACUGUCCAUGAGGCUUUGGAAGGCAAGAGAAAUUGGAAUGAUAGCCUCCUCACAAGUGGGAUGUCCAAUCACAACUGAUAAUGUCACUCAAGAUGCAGUUUAUCCUCAUUUUGCUCGUGUACUUAUUGAAGUUGACGUUUCUAAGCCACCGGUUAUGCAGUUCCCAAUUAUUCCGCCCUCGGGCAAGGAGUAUAUGCAGCAGGUCAUCUAUGAGACCUAUCCAGAGUACUAUUUCCAAUGCAAAAAAUUUGGUCAUAAUCCUUUCACUUGCUUGAUACUAAAUCCUCCUAAGGAUAAAUCUCGGAUGGUGCCUACUACCAAAGAGAAAGGGAAGGGGCCUGCUCUCAUCUCCCCGGGUUUAGAAAACAAUGGUGAACCCCCAUUUGUGAUGGUGAACCGUAAUAAAAACAGGGACAUUUGUGAGAAAAGAUCAAGUUGAUAUUAAUGGAACUUCCUCUUCAAAAGCUACUGGAUUGCUACAACCUGCCAAAGUCACUGGACCGAGGUCACAGGAGCCUAUCCAGACUGGUUUGCGGCCCCAAAGUGUUGCGGCAAAUGUUACUGGACCGAGGCCCCAAACCCCAAUCAAUGAUACUUGUGAUGCGUCCAAUCAUUCUGCCACUAGGACUAGCUCUACGCCUCUGCUCUUUGACGCCAACAAUCCUAUUUAUGACUGGGUAGGGAGGAAAGUUGUGAGCGUGCAUGAUUUGGAACCGGGGGACAUUAUCAAUAAAUUCGUGCCCACGGAAGAUGGAGCGCACAUAGCUUUUGUCAAAAAAACGUCAUCAAAUCAAAAGCUUCAUUCCGGUUUCCAGGCUAAAAAAGAAUUUUCAAAGGGAGAAUGACUUGGAAGCUCCUGCCAUGGUGUUCACUGACCCUUGUCUGGUUGCGCUCCCGGGAGUCCGACGCACGUGAACAUGGUACAAUAUAAAUAAAAAUAUUUUUACGCUUAAUGUUGCUAGUUUCUUUGAUGUGCAGGCCCGACAUAAUGUUGAUUUCUUGCAAGCAAAGCAACUAAUGGCCAUUGAGUGUUCUGCCAACUUGGAUAAAGCCAACCUGGAUGCUGCUAGUUCUGCCAACUUGGAUAAAGCCAACCUGGAUGCUGCCAGUUCUGUCAACUUGGAUAGAGCCAACCUGGAUGCUAUCAGUUCGCUGCCUAACGGUGAAUUUGAGGCCCAUGAACAUAAUAUUAUUGGAAAAAUUGCCGCUCCUGCCGCUGCCUUUGUUGAAAGCCGAGGUGACCCAACCAUUAAUGGGGGAAAGGUUACCUGGUCACCAAUAUGUAUGAGAUGGGUUACGAUAAUGUUGUUACAGUGGUCCGUGUGAAUGAAAAAGGAAAAACUAUUGCAUAUGUGUGGGAAACAGACCAAGUACCAAAGGGAAUUAACAUUGUCAAGCUAGGGCUGAACCUGGAUGAGCUCAAUUGGGAUGAUAGCGGGUUAAUUUCACUGAAGACUUUUUACUUAGCUGCCCGGAGGUCAAAAAGAACGGUGAAUGGAACAAGAAAUACUUGAAAGAGAUGAGGAAAGAGCUAGGAAAGAAAGCAAGGACAAAGGAGGGAUAGACCCCGAUGAUGAGGCCUUCUCCUCAGAUUUCUACCUUUCUUGCUGAAUGUGUCCUUGCUGACUUUGUUUUUUGGGGUACCUUCUCUCGACCUUUACUAUUUUAAAUGGUUAAAAUCCUUGCUUGGAAUGUCCGAGGUUUGAACAAAACCUCUAAGCAUAAUUUAAUUGCUAGCUAUAUUAAUGCUAAUAAUGUGAGUUUAUGUUGCUUUCUUGAAACAAAAAUGACCACGACCAAUUUUAAUAACUAAAUUUUGAAUAAAUGGCUGGGGUGGGUUUGUGAAAAUAAUAUUAAUAAAAUAAAUGGUGGGCGUAUGACCUUGAUGUGGAACCCGAAUCUUAUAAACUGUGUUAUUCAUGUGGUUGAAGGACAAUAUAUACACCUUAAAUGUGUGUGUCGUAUCUCCCAAAUGGCUUUUCUAUCCACUUUUGUGUAUCCGUUAUAUACCGUAUUGGAGCGCAAGGCAUUAUGGGAAGAACUUGCUAUUCUAGGGGAUGAUUUUAACCGAACCGUGGGUUUUAGCGGGGGACUUUAAUUGUGUUUGUGCUCCAAAUGAAAGGGUGGGGCUUGCCCCACCUACGGCAUAUUUAAUGCAACACUUGUUUUAUUUUAAAGAUCAAGCUAGCCUAGAGGACGCACCUUCUACCAGUGAAUUCUACACGUGGAAUACAGGUGCACUUUGGGCUAAGCUUGACCGUGUGUUAGUGAAUGAUAUUUGGUGCCAAAAUGGUUUAAAAAUAAGGGCCCAUUUCCAUGAAAUGGAGGUUGAGUUUGAUCAUACGGCUUCCAUAAUAUCAAUACUCAAUAAUUCCUCUUUAAGGCCUAAACUGUUUAAGUUUUUUAAUUUGUGAAUUAAACAUCCCGAGUUUGCUAAUUUAGUAGCGCAGAGUUGGAACCGAGACAUUGAGGGCACGAUGCAAUUUUUGAUGGUAAGGAGCCUAAAGUUGCUCAAAAGGCCACUUAAAGACCUAAAUACCAAAGAGUUUGGCCACAUUUCAAGCAAAGUGAAGAGGGCGAAAGAGGACUAUAAAAGAUUGCACAAACUCAUCAUUUUCAUUUUCAUUUACCCCAGUGCCGCAAAGGCUCCCACCUACGGUGGGGUAAGGGGGUCGGAUGUAUGUAGUCUUACCCCUGUACUAAAGCACAGAGAGACUGUUUCCGGAUGACCCAUAUUGAAAAUCGUGUCCAAAAUUGCAUGGACUGACUGCUGCUUCAUAACAAAGAAGCGCAAACAGUUUAAUGAGCCAUUUUGCUUUAUUCCAUCAUAUUCCCAAGCCAAAAAAUAAUGAAUCUUUGGCUCCAUUGAAAAUGAUGGAAUAAAAGAUUGCACAAACUAUCUCUCCAAAAUCCGACGAAUGUGGAUACCAGAAACCAGUUGGUGGAAACCAUGAAAAGGGCAAAGUUCCUGAGUGAGGCCGAAACUAGUUUCUAUCAACAGAAGGCGAAGGCAACUCACAUCCUAGAAGCGGACAAGGGGACUAGGUACUUUCAUGCUAUAGUGAGGAAGAAGACAACGAGGAAUGCCAUUUCUUCUAUUACUUUGGAGGAUGGCAACCUCACCACCUCUUUGGAGCAAGUUGGGAGUGAAUUUGUAAAUUUUUUUAUUGAAUUGUUGGGUACCAAUUCCGAAUGCCAACCCCUUGACCUCACGGUCUUGGAAUCCGGUCCUUUGAUUGAACCAAGUGUUCAUGAUAGCCUUCUUGCCCCGGUCGAGACAAUAGAGAUUAAAAAUGCUCUAUUUGACAUAUGCAAUGACAAGGCACCGGGACCGGAUGGUUAUUCAUCCGCGUUUUUUAAGUCUAAUUGAGAAUUUAUUGGGGAUGACAUAGUCCGGGCCGUCAAAGAGUUCUUUCGUUCGGGUAAGUUACUUAAGCAAAUAAACCACACGGUUAUUGCACUUAUCCCAAAAAACGAAUCACUCACCGAAGGUAUCGGACUAUAGACCAAUCUCUUGUACGAAUGUCUUAUAUAAAAUAAUUACUAAAAUUCUUGCGGCUAGACUCACUCUAUGCCUUCCCGGCUUGAUUGACUUAGCCCAAGGUGCUUUUGUUGAUGGCCGCCUCAUGUUUGAUAACAAUUUUCUUGCACAAGAACUUGUUAGAGGAUACAUGAGGAAGCGAAUCUCACCUAGAUGCAUGAUCAAGGUGGAUUUGCGUAAGGCCUAUGAUACUAUUUCUUGGAGUUUUCUUGAUAGCGUCUAAGGGGUUUGGGCUUCCCCUCGAGAUUUGUUGGAUGGAUUAUGGAGUGCGUUACCACGGCUUCAUUCUUCGUUUCCUUGAAUGGUUUGUUGUAUGGUUUCUUUGAGGGUAAGAGGGGCAUUCGGCAAGGAGAUCCAAUGUCUCCAUUUCUAUUUGUCCUUUGCUUAGAAUAUUUUUCCCGACUAAUUAAUUUGAAAACCAAAGGGCCAAAUUUUAAUUUCCAUCCCCAAUGUGCAAAACUUGGAGUGACCCACUUGGCCUACACAGAUGACUUAAUACUCUUCUCUAGGGGCGACACUUAUUCAAUUGAAAUACUUGUCAAAGCCCUUGAGGAAUUUGGGGAUGCAUCGGGCCUUAAAGUGAAUAAUAAUGAUCUCCAGGAGAUUAUGGCCCUUGUGGACUUCGGGCGUGGUACAUUCCCUGUUAAAUACCCCGGAAUUCCACUUGCCCCUCUAAAGGUUUCCGUUGUGCAAUAUUCACCGUUGCUUGAUACAAUUUCGGAUUUUUUAAAGGCUUGGAACGCAAAGACCUUAUCCUAUGCAGGAAAACUAGAGUUGAUAAGAUCUGUGAUCCAAGGGGUCCUAUAUUUUUAGCUCCAAGUCUUCCCGGUCCCCCAAACUAUCUUGGGUAGGAUAGUUUCUAUUUGCCGAAUUUUUCUGUGGGGUGGGAAAUAUUCUAAAGUGGCUUGGGACGACAUCUGUCUACCAAAAGAGGAGGGGGGCCUUGGCAUUCAUAAUGCCAAGAUUUGGAAUCAUGUUCUCCUCUCUCGAACACUUUGGGAUGUUCAUAGGAAGAAAGACACCCUUUGGGUGAGGUGGGUCAAUGGGGUCUACCUUAAUGGUAGGAGUGUGUGGGAUUUUAUCCCACACAACCGUGACUCAAUGUUCAUGAAGAAAUUGAGUCACAUUCGGGACCAAAUUAUGGUCUGUUCGUUUUAACAAUCGGAAUGAUACCAUAUGGGUUUGAAUGCUAGAUCCAUUAACGACAAGCUAAUUUCAGGCAAAGUUUAUGACUUGUUGGCUAGCCCUAAUUUCGGGACAAAUAGGGCUUGGAUGAGCUUCAUUUGGAAGUCUUAUAUCCCUCAAAAAUUCUCCUUUAAUGUUUGGCUAGCCUUCUGAAACCGGUUACCUACACAGGAUAACCUUGGAUAUUUGCAUAUAGUAAAUAGAUGUGACCUUUGCAAGGGUGGCUUGGAAACAAUGUCACACCUAUUUUUUCUUUGUGCUUUCACUCGUAGGGUCUGGGAGCGCAUCAAGGACUGGUUGGGGAUGGAUCACCAUAUGACCACGCUUCAAAGCUCGGUUAAAUGGAUACUAAAGGAGCAUAAGGGAUCCAAGUUGAAGGGCAAAGCAGUUCGGCUAGCUUGUGCCGUGGUGUACCACUUGUUGCAUGCGAGGAAUGCAAACAGAUUUGAUGGAGGCAACAAGAGUGAAGACGAGAUUGUCUCGAAAAUCAAGCAUGUGGUAUAUAAGAUCUUAUUCAACAUAUACCCGCAUGAGUUGAUCAAAUUCUGAUUGAAGACCUUUUUUUAUACUUUCAAAUGCCACAACACUGAUUUACUUUUGGGCAAAGGGAUGUGUGCAUCUUGCAACAUCAUAUGCCAUGUAUAUUGUUCUCAUGACUUAGAUCUGUGUGCGUGCAAUAUUACAGCACUGAUAGCUUUUUGAUGUUUGGGGGCCUAGUAUUGUUUACUUUGGCCCUAGCUUGUUUUUGACUUACAUUGAAUCAAAACCUUCUCCCAACCCCACUUCGGUGGGGGUUAGGAGAUCUAAAAUGUAUAGUUUCUUCUUUGGGUGUUAAUAUAUAUUUACAUUUCAUCCAAAAA